GAGAAACAGAUACUUUAAGCACUGGGAAAGGAUGGUAGCAAAAGUAUGUUGCUGCUGGCACUGAGUACAAGCAAGGGGAGACAAGCCUGUUGCUCUGAAACAAGCUAACUCCUCCUGGGGUGCUGGCAGCAGACUGAUCCUGUGCAGAAAUGUCCCAAGACUGUUCUCCAUGCCUUCAAUGAAAAAAAUAAAUACAUUGUGCACUCUAUUUGACUUUCAUAGAUUUCUGCAUCAGACUAAAGGUGUCUGUGUUUCUCUAGAUACUCUGUUGGAUGAAUAAAAAAUCUGGACCACAGGGAUGGAUUUGCCAGCUACGCGGUAUGUGGAGAGCUCUGUUAGAUCAUAUCUGAACCGAGCUUCCACAGUCCUUUUCAAGUUUGGAGCCAAAGUUGCCUAAGAGGUUGUAAAAUCCCUUUUCCACCAUCCCUCCUCUGCUUGUCUUUCUCCCCCUUGUCCACUUAUGUACACAUAUUCUCUGUGACUACUGCUUUUAAAGCUGGUGGUAUUGCUUGUUGUCUGCCAAAGACAAGCGCAGAAGAGCUCUAUGGGGAUCUCUAGCAUCUGGGCAUCUCUUAACUACGUUUGUGACAACAAUUUCUUUUCUCCCUUACCUGCUGUAUUUACACUGUGCUAAAAGUAUGCUCAGUGCCUCACAGAACAAAUAGUUUGAGAGCUCUCGUCUGUGUCAAGGGAGUCUGAGCUGAAGGCAGAGGAGAUGUAUUGGUGUAGAGAGAAUUUCAUGCAGGAAACUGUUGUGCUGAAAGGAAGAAUUAACUGGUCUUUCAACUUCAGCCUUUUUAUUGUGAGAGGGGAGAUCACAGAAGUGUCACCAUGGGGAGAACAGCAGCUAAAGAUUCAAAGAAUAUUAAAAAAGAGAAAGAUGGAAAGAAUCAGCAGGCAAACAACCCGUCUUUAAAAAGUGAACAGUUUAAUUGGGAUGAUUAUCUGAAAGAGACUGAAUCAGUAGCUGCCCCUCUACAUUGUUUCAGACAGUCUAGAAUUCCACCUACGAAUGAUUUCAAAGUUGGCAUGAAACUGGAAGCCCAUGAUCCUCGCAAUGUUACCUCGGUUUGCAUAGCUACAGUAAUUGGAAUCACUGGUGCCCGGCUAAGGCUGCGGCUGGAUGGAAGUGACAACAAAAAUGAUUUUUGGAGGCUUGUGGAUUCUUCGGACAUACAGCCCAUCGGGACCUGUGAAAAGAAAGGGGGCAUGCUCCAGCCUCCACUUGGGUUCCAGAUGAAUGCAUCUUCUUGGCCAAUGUUUCUCUUAAGAACUCUCAAUGGAGCUGAAAUGGCACCCGCAGCAUUCUUUAAGAAGGAGCCACCAAAACCUGUGCCAAACUGUUUUAAAGUUGGAAUGAAACUUGAAGCUAUAGAUAGAAAGAACCCAUACUUGAUUUGCCCAGCAACCAUUGGAGAUGUUAAAGGAGAUGAAGUUUUUGUUACAUUUGAUGGCUGGAGAGGAGCAUUUGACUAUUGGUGCAGAUGUGAUUCUCGAGAUAUUUUCCCAGUUGGAUGGUGUAGCUUGACAGGAGAUGCAUUACAACCACCAGGGAACAAUGUUUCCAUUACAAAGAGCAGUGCAAAAUUCCAAUCUUCCCCUUCCAAAGUGACCCGGCGUUCAAUGCAGUCUCCACAGAAAUCUGCUCCAGUACCAGCGCAACGGGGCAGGAAACCAGGUCGGGGCAAACCCCCUGGACAGUCUGCAGUUCCCAAGAAGGGCAGGUCUCCUAAAAAUAUUCCCCUGACAAAAAGCACCUCUCAUACUGAAAAUCUUAAAACAAGGAAAAAAAGUUUAAAACCUGGAAAAAAGAAAAAAGUCUUGCUGGAACAACUGAGUCCUGCAUCUCCUUCUCCUCAUUCUUCUCCUGAGGGGGACAGUGGCACUACACAGUUAUUUAAAGAUGGAAUUAGUUUGUCUGGGGCAACUGCAUCAGUUAUAUCCACAGUGUGUGUUUAUGUCAACAAGCAUGGAAAUUCUGGGCCUCACCUGGAUAAGAAGAAGGUUCAGCAGCUUCCAGAUCACUUUGGACCAGGUCCUGUCAAUGUGGUACUUCAGCAGGCUGUACAGGCUUGCGUGGAUUGUGCCUAUCAAUCCAAAACAGUCUUUGGAUUUCUGAAAUCUGGCCAUCACGGAGGGGAAAUGAUAACUGCUUCCUUUGAUGGAGAAAAGCAUGCCAUCAAUCUUCCUUCUGUAAACAGCGCAUCGUUUGUCCUACGCUUCUUGGAGAAACUGUGCCACAGCCUGCAGUGUGAUAAUCUCUUUAGUAGCCAGCCUUUCAGCCCUUACGUGGGAUGUGCACAUAGUCCUACAGAGUAUGACAGGAACAAACCAGCAAAAGAAGAAAUACCUGAAAACAGGAGUGCUAAACGAUACUCUCAGGACUCUCCGCCAUAUUCGGCUCCUCUUUCCCCUAAGCUUCCCAGAAAUGAUGCUCAUCCAUCUGAAGCAGAAACAUUACCUAUAGAGGAAAACAGCAUUUCCAAAGAACACCGAUUUUCUGAGGACUCUAUGGAUUCUGCACUUAGUUCUGUAAAUCCUUCAAGUCCGACCCAUCGAAAUUCCACAGAAUAUCGUACUUCAGGGAGUGCAGCAUAUUACAGAAAUUCCCUUCAGCCAGUGACUGCUACCUCAAAUUCAGCCCCAGUCCUGCGCAGGCUGUCCUUGAGCUCUGCUGGGAGCAGCAGUUACUACGAAGUUAGUAGGAAUCGAAUACAGAGGCAGAUUGAAGCUGCAAGUUCCACAACUGGACCAGAUCUGAAUUCACUAAAAAGGGAACCUUCAAGAAUAUUGAAUAAGGAUCCUUCCACCUGGUCAAUAGAGGAAGUAAUGCAUUUUGUGAAAGAAGCUGAUCCACAGGCACUAGCUCCACAUGCAGAACUCUUUAGGAGACAUGAAAUUGAUGGGAAGGCACUACUCUUACUGAGGAGUGAUAUGAUCAUGAAAUAUAUGGGACUGAAGCUGGGGCCUGCCCUAAAGUUGUGCUACCACAUUGAAAGACUUAAACAAGGAAAGUACUAGCCAGUGGGAAUACCACAAAUACGUGUGUUCGUAUCACGCUAAGCUCUCAGGUUCACAGCCAUCGCCUUUAUUUGAAACUAUUUUACUGAUAUAAAUUAUCUUUAGUUUUUGAAAGUGCUCUCAAAAUGUAAAAAAAGACAUUCAGAAUAAAGGGGGGG